AUGAAUCCCGCAGCCGCAGAAACAGCUGAGCCGCCGGUGGUGGUUGCCGACAACCAACAGGUCGGCGCUGCGAAUCCUCCUCCCGCCCGAGCGAGGGCCGGCCGGCAGCCCAACGGAAUUCCGGAUCCGGCGGCGGAGCCUCUCCGUCUCAACAAUCCGCCUGCGCCGGUCUACGCCGACGAGAUGCACCGCCGUCUGCCCUGCUGGAUGGUCUUCUUCGAGGGACCGAACGCUUGGUUUUACCGGUCCUUCCUCGUCGGAAUCCUCUUCUUCCUUCUGAUCUCGUCCUUCGCCCUCAUCGGCUGGAUGCUCCUCCACCCCGUCUUCCCUCAAUUUCACGUCGCCGACGCCGCGUUGGCCGCCGUCAAAUUCUCCGGCACGCGGGCGACGGGGACCUGCCGCGUCACGGUUUUCGUGGACAACACCAGUCCCCAUCUGACAACCAUUUUUGAGAGCAUCGAAAUCUCGCUGAUCUAUCCCUCCACCCGAACCAUCCUGUCGGAAACCUACGCGUUUCCGUUUGCUCAGGCGGGCCCCAAUCGGACCACCAUUAGAGCCAAUCUGAGCUUCUCCGGCGUGGAUCUGGGAGCCGACGGGGUGAGAUCCAUGAAGCAGGAUAUAGAUCGAGGGAGCUUGACUCUUGGGGUCUGGAUUAGGGCAGAGGUUAAGUUUCGGAACUGGAAAUGGAGGGUUGGAUCGAUUGCCAUGGAUGGGUACUGCAGUGGCCUCAGCUUCCAGUUUACUUCCGGCGACGAUCACGGGAUGUUUUUGAAUCCUUAUUUACUCUGCUACACUUACAUAUCUCGGUAA